GCUUCCGCACUCACUCACCUUCACCGCAGCAGACGAGACGAGGACUAGUUCCCACCAGACACAAAAAGAGACCACUGCCUCUCCUCCUCUUCGCCUCCCCUUAUCAAAGCACGACGAUAAGCCCACCACCAUUUACUGGACUGGACUUUACAAAGGGACAGAUAUGUCCAUUGGAUUUGAUAUCCUGUCACGCCGCGACCUUUUCCCAACGAUUUCCUCCAUGGGAUCAAGAAUAGACUGACAAACUAUCUACCUGCCCUUGAGCAGGAAUUAAAGCAACAAAAGUAUUUGCGAUUAAGUUGUUGCUAGUGUGGUGGGAGUUUUCAAGGGUCGAGUGCAGGGUUGACUGACCUGAGAAGAGAACAUAUUAGAUCGGAACUGGGAACCAUGAAAUGCGACCAGAACCCGGAGUUAGUUUAGUGAGUGGAGCCCUUCAGUCCUCCUUGGCUAAGGCGCAACGUAACUACCAAUUUCACGGAAGUGAAAGUCUACACAACUCGGAAGAACGUAAAGAAGCUCGGAAUAAAAAGGCGUCUGCUGUGGAUAAAAACUUAACAGCGUAUUGCAACUCAAUUGGGAGUUGUUUUGCCUCCUACUCGGCUGAACAGUUUUUGCAACUUGGGAACUCGCUCAGUUUUGACGACGGGGGAUUUCUUGAACACACCAUUCCAGAGGUUAGAAACGAGUGUGUCAUUCUGAAGCAAACUCGAAAAAAUGAACUUGCUCCUGUUGGAGGAUCUAAUCGGAAAAAGAAGAAGGUGAUCUCUACAAUUGGUCACAAUAAAGGAUCGAAACCAUCAUCAUCACUAACUUCUAGUCCUCUUUGUAACGGGGUAAUUGCUCCGACCUGUAAAAAAGUGAAUAACGUAGCUGUAACCGAGUCCCAAUCGAAAGGAACACCAUCUAAAAAUCUACAGCCUAAAAAACCUGGGAAGUUUGAUAAUCUCAUCCAAAAAUUAUCUAAACUCUUGAAGGAUACGACAAUUGGCAAGAAUAAACGGAGACGCUUAACACGAAAAUUGCGUCAAUUAGAGAAACAGAAAAGCGAAGAGACGCCGACGCUUCAAAAAAUUCAAAUUGAUAUUAAAACAAAUUCAAAACUGACUGAAUCGCCGACUAAAUCUCCAUCAUCACCAAGCAAAUUGUCAAUUCAAAAGUCUGUAUCUGCAACUGCCAACAACGGUCUCGGGGUACAACAAACCAAAGGAAUCAAUCUCCUCAAGACAAAGAUGGGCCCUGAAAAUGGGUUAAAAAAUGACGUUGCGUUGACAAAUGGCACAUCUUUAAGUUUGCAACUACGGCUUCCAGAACCAAAACGCAUUUUAUAUCCCAAGGAGAAAAUUCUCCUUGGCUGGCGAAGCAAGCGCGGUCCUGGCGCUGGAUUCCACAACUUUGGCAACACGUGCUAUUUAAACUCGUCCCUCCAGGCAUUGUUUCACAUACCUGCGUUCGUAAAUUGGAUUCAGAAUGAUGAAGAGCAUCGCAAAAUGUGCAAAGGGAUAUUACCAAACCAAACCACUUGCAUCAUUUGUGUCGUGUAUCUGACCUUGCAAGAGCACAGCCGAACAUCAUCUUGCAUUAGGCCUCGAGUGCUGGAUAAACUUAAGGCAAUAUGCAAGCACUUCAGCUACGGUCGACAGGAAGACGCUCACGAAUUUCUCCGAUAUUUACUUGAAGGGAUGGAGCGGUCAUAUCUAACUCUGAUUAAUGGUCUUCGACUUGAUAAUCGGACAAAAGAAACCAACCCCCUUGGUCAGAUAUUUGGUGGUUACAUCCGAACAGAAGUCACAUGUCUUCAGUGUAGCUUUGUUUCAACAACAUUCCAACCGUCUGCUGAACUACAAUUAGAUAUUCGGCAUUCGACGACUCUAGAAGAUGCUUUGCAACUUCAUUUCAGAAGAGAAAGAUUGGAUAAUAACGAUUAUAAAUGUGAAAAGUGUCGGAAAAUCAGCCAAGCGACAAAACAAUUUUCAUUGGAACUGCCUCCUCUUGUCCUCUGUCUUCAGCUAAAGCGAUUCACCCUUUAUGGAAACAAAAUUGGUAAACGAAUUCAUUGCAACAAACUGUUAAACAUGUCACGAUAUUUGCACAAGUCGCAAAAAGCUUCAGGAUUUUAUCAGGAUAAUGAACUCAAGUACCGCUUAGUUGCAUUGGUCACUCACUUGGGACAAUCUCCAAAUUGCGGUCAUUACACUGCAAUUGCUGAAGGCUCGAAUGGUUCUUAUUAUCAGUUUGACGACCAGUUUGUGCACGAAGUUACUGGUCAAACAGCACUGAACAAUGAUGCCUACUUGCUAAUUUACGAGAUGGACCGCAACUCUCAACCUACAGGUGGACUUCAUUAUUCAAUUCCCAACAGUCCAAAUAUUCUGUCCAAACCUGCUGCUGCUACUACGUCCGGAACGUUGAUCACAAAUGGAAACUCAGAUACGCCGAAAAAGUUUGCAAUUCCUUUUGCUAAGAAGAAUGGAAUUCCAAAUUCACCUGCACUGAAUAAACCCACUGUCCUGAGCAACACUGAUUCGUCAAAAGCUAAUGGUAAUAGUGGUCCUGAUUCCAGCGGCGACCGACGAGUAAUUAGAUUUGGGAUUCCUCCAAAUUCACUCAUCAAGUCAACGGCACAGAAUAAAAUUAAUGUCCUGCAACCUGGGAUCGCGGUGACGAACUCAGCCCGUGUCUAUUCCUCGUCAUUAUCAACAAUGGUUGUUCCUAAAGCCAACUGUGUCCCGUUGGUUCCCUACGGCGAUAUUGAUAACGAUGAAGCCACUGAACAAGAACCCAAAGAAGAAACUAGGAAAACCUCGCCAAAACAAGAAAGAAUUAUUGGACCGUUGUUAGAGGUUAAUAAUAAGAAUCAUCAUCAGCGCAGCCCAUCACCAGCCGCAAGGGUUGUAAUUCCAUAUAAGCUGCCUUCUUCACCUCCCUUGUCGCCAAAAGCUAACAAUCCUGAAUAUAAAUUCGGGAUUAAAAGAAAAUCGGAAGCAAUGUUAGGGUCGACUUCCGACCUUACUAAAUCUGACAUGCCCACUUCGAAAAAAUCACCUAUAAAUGCUACGAGUAAAUGGACCAUUGUUAGUUUAAAAAAUGGUAACUUAUCCGAUCCUGAAAAGAAUUCUUCAGAAAGUUCCAAAAUCAAAUCAAAAGAACUGAUACGGGCUAAAAGUGCCGAAAGGACAACCCAAAAAAGCCAGCAAACUUCUCGACUCGCACUUCCUCCACCGCCUCCACUAAUUCCCAAUGCCAAAAGAAAACUCAACGAUUCGACCAAGAUUAACCUAUCGAUAGAUAGCACUACUAAAUCCAAUGGAUCAUCAUUUCCAAGUCAAAGUACACCUAAAGAGUUGUCGCUACAAACUGCCGUUCAAAACGGUCAUCAUGAGAAAAAGAAGAAAAGGAAACGAUCAAGGUCGUCAUCUUCUUCUAGCGACAGUUCUUCCACUGAUAGGGAUCGAAACAAACAGAAGAAAGAGGGCAAUGGGAAACUUGACAAAAAGAAAAAGCUGAAAAAGAAGGGACGGGAAACCCCCAGUAAAAGAUCUUCGAGUUCAGACGAUAGUUCCGAUAGUGAAAGCGACUCCUCUUCUGGAGGAAGGCGUCAUGGACACAAGCGGCGGCACAAGAAUAAGAAGAGAAGGCAUUCAAAGCACCGCGAUGAAUCUAAAGAGAAAAUUAAGGUGUCCAGCGGCAAGGGUGAAAUGAAUGGUUGGUUGCCCACUACUGAGCGUGAUGCUUCCAGCGUUGAAAGGGAGCAGAUUUUGAGGCAAGCACGCAAUCCUAGCCGCAGUCCAUCAAAGUCCAUCAGCUCCAAAUCCAGUGACAGAUUUAAUCCAAGUAGAAUAGAAGGCAGAGAGAAGUCGAUUAUUGGAUGGAACGGUGAGCAAAGUUUACUGUCAAAAUCAAUCGAUGACGAGAGGAAGGAACUGAGCAGAAAAUCAAGAGAAGGAUAUGACGACGAAUUAGAUCAGGGUCGAAUUAAAAAACCGCAUUCGUCCCGUUCACCAUCCCGAGAAACACCUGAUGGUAACAAGUUCCAGUCUCUGCAGGACAAAAAGAAGCUGGUUGCAAAGUGGAGCAACAUUCUAGACGGUUAUGGUGAUGGAUUUAAAGAUCACGCAAACAUGAAAUCGCCCCCGAGUGACAAGAAGAAGCCUUGGGUAGCGAAAAAGUUUGAUAAUUACUCAGACCGUCCCUACCCUCCAAGCCGUGGUCCACGACAAAAUGGUUCUGGAUUUGGAGGGCACAACAGACCGUUCGGUUCUUACUCUUCUGGAUACCGAAGUAAUACUGGUAGUAAUUCGCGACCCGGUUACAAUGGAAGUAAUAAUCGUUCCCGAUAUUACGAUAAUGGUAAACAUUGGAACAGUCGGCAGAAUCAUUACUGAACUGAAUGUAUUACUAUUAGUUAGCCCUCUUCAUGUUUAUGUAAGGGUGAAUAUUUUUUGUUGUAUUUACGUUAACAUGCUUGGCCGAAAUAGUUAAAAAAAGAGAGGUCAAAAAAAUUCCUACAUAUGAUUUAAUAUUUAAUUUAAUUAGCAAUACUACAGAAAUACGUUCUCUACUGAAUGUGUUAUUGUCGUCUUUAUAAGAUCCGGAUGUACUCGACGAUCUUUAAGUUUAAUAAUUUCCAUUCAGAUGUGCUCAAUUAGCUCCUUCAAUUUUUAUGUAAUUUCGUUACUUGUGAUAAGUGAUACCACAUCAUUUUAUGUACUUCACUAUUGAUGUAAAAGAUUUAAAAAACAAAAGAAAAACACUUGCCCACAACAUAUUCAGACACGUGUUGACUAUGUAGUUGUAUCUUUUCAUUCUUUUAUGUAUAUUUGAGGAAAAUGUAAAUGACUGAAUCAAAUAUCUGAUGAAAGCUUGCAAAAUGAACUGCCUAUAUUAACUAUAACGUAAUUAAAAAGGUGUAAUGAAUGCCUAUAUAUCAUGUUACUAAUAUUUGUACGUAGUCUAAUCAAGUUAUAUACAGUUUAAACACACUUAUUAGACGAUAAGCCAAGAAUAUUCAUAAACCUCUAUUUUAUACGAUGACAAUGGAUAUAUAAUGAAUUCAUGGAACACAGCGGUAAAUUAUAAUAGAUUAGCUAAAUAUUUUACUGGUAAAAUCGUAAUUACUGUGUAGUAUUUACCAGUCUAAUAAUUUAUCAUUAACUUUGUUUGCAUCGUGAAGAGUCAGAUUGAAGCAAUACGGAUUAAAAUAUUAUGCUCUAGAUACCUUUGUGUCUAUCAAUAUUACUCUAGAACCUGAUUGUCAAGGAGUAUGUGUGUAAAACAAGACGAAAAAAUUAAUAAAGAACAGCAAAUUGCUGCAUCUCAAUAACGUAA